AUGUCGGAUGAACCCAGCGAUACUCCCGCAGAAACCUCUCAGGAGAUGAACUUAUCAGAAGGUGAUGCCCAAAUGCCUAGCGAAGAGGCACCUGAUGUAGAAAUGAUGCCCGCUAAGACAGAAUCGCCCAGCCAGGCUGUCGAGGUGCCAAGUGAACAGAGUCAGGGAACUUCUGAGCUCACGGAAAGAACUGAAGGUGUAAGAUUUUCAGAAAAAGACAUCCUGGUGCCAACCAGCUCUUCUCCAGAUCCUUUGGAAGUUUCUGAAGGCACCGUCUUACCCACUGAAACUGCAGCGGAUGAAGGAUCUGCGCGAGAAGGAAAGCAACGGCGGGUCCCCUCGGGCUUGCACCCCAAAAAGAAGUCCUCUGUGAAAGUCUCAAAAUCCACCAGCAGAGCUCAGAAAGGCAAGCAAGAGGGUCACACGCCGAAGGACGUCACGGCCAGGUCUUCGAGGGAGAAAGAAGAGCAGCGAUUCUCCCACGAAACCGUUGUGAAAGUGGAAGCCCCUGGAGAAGAAGUCGAAGGACCUGGGAAAGACCGUGUGGAAGACCAAAGGCCCAGCGAAGAGGAAGGCCUCACAAAAGAACCAGACGCUGGACGAAGCCAAGACGAGAGGCUGGCACCAGAAGCGGAAAUGACGGUCCAGGGGGAUUUAGCACAGCGCCCUGCCACUUCUGCUUCUAGUGGUGCCAGAGAUACCCCAGAAGCAGAAACGAUGCCCCAGCGUCCCAUCAGUCAGGAGAGCGAGGCGAGCCAGGAACUUGCUGGAACAAGACGAGAAAAAGAAAGCGCCCUUAGCAGAAGCCACCCGGGAGAUGCUGCCGGGGAGGCCAGCCUGGCUCUCCAAGCCAAGGAGGAAAGUCUCAGCAGGCAAACGAGUACUUUAUCUUGGGUCUUCGGCUAUAACAGCAGACUCCCGGUUUUCAACCUAAUGGAUGAAGACUAUAGGGUGAUUUUGUACGCCUCCUCCCACACUGCGGUGAUCCAUGACCUCCAAAGGAACAAGCAAUACUACCUCCAGGGACACUCGAGUUGCAUAUCUUGCCUCUGUGUGAGCGAAGACAGAAGAUGGAUAGCGACAGCCGACCGAGGUCCCGAGAGUUUGGUGAUCGUCUGGGAUGGCUACUCCGCGAUUCCCGUGCACACGAUAUUCGACAGCCACCCGGAAGGCGGAGUCGGCGCCAUUGCAAUUUCCCACGAUUCCAGGUUUUUGGCUACCGUCGGUGCCGGAGCAGUGCAGAAAGUUUGCAUUUGGAAGUGGACCUCUCCUGAAAAAAAGCCUGUUUGCAGCGUAGAGCUCCUGCCUCAGUAUGGGUUUCAGGGCCACAUUGCAUUUAGUUCCAGGAACCACUGGGAGCUGGUCAGCAACAGCACCACACAAGUCAUAUUCUACAAGUGGGAAGGCGACAGUCUACAGUGCCACGCCCCCCUCCUGACAGACAGGACAUUCAACAAGGCUGUGGGGAUCUUUAGCCAAUCCCUCUUCCACUUCAGCACCGAACAAGCGGUUACCGGAACACUGGAAGGGAAGCUGGUGGUCUGGGAUGUCACAAUCGUGCCCUCCAAGUCCACUGCCUUGUGCGUCAAGCCCUACAACAUGAAAGCCGUCAAGCUCGUGAACUUGCAGAGAGAUGGGAUCACCGUCCUGGCUGUCGUGGACAAAACUAUUGUGAUCUGUGACGUCAAAGGCCACGUCAAAUUCUACGACGGAUCCCUGCAGCUUCUGCAUUGGUACAACCAGCUCAAACUGGGACCCAUCCGGUCUGUUUCCUUCUCCAAGACACCGGUGUGCCCCUUGAACGCCUCCCAGUUCCCCAGUUCUUGCACCUUAACAGGCCAGCCCUUAAUUGUCAGGAACUUUAUCCUCUCCACAUCCGAUGGGCUGGUGGUCCACGUCAUGACCGAGGGGAUGAAACUGACCAAGUGCCUGGAGGAGCCCAAAGGUGCCGUCCACGCCAUCGCCUGCCACCCGACCAAGCCUCUCCUGGCCAAGGGGAGCGCCUGCGGGCUCCUGAAGGUGUGGGACUACGAGCUAGAGAAGUACCUCGUCAGCCGGAUCUUUAAGGGGCACAGUAUCUGGAGCGUCUGCUACAAUCACGAUGGAUCCUUGCUGGGAGUUGGAUUCGCUGAUGGAACCGUCUACAUCCUGGAUUCGAUAUCCUUGGGAGACGACUCUUCGGAGCCUUUCAAAUACUCAUACGCCAAAGGCGCAGUCAUUCAUAUGAGCUUCUCGCACGAUUCCCGGUAUCUUGCAACUGCAGAUGACAAAAUGUCAGUAACUAUUUAUAAACAAGUCAUUGAAGAGGAGAAGGAGGAGUGGGAGCGUCUGGCAGCGCUCCGUUCCCAUUACAAGCCCAUCCGCACCAUCCUCUUCGGAGUGCACUUGGACAGCGAUAAGCCCCGCCUCUUAACCCUGGGAGAGGACCGGCUUUUGGUGGAAUAUGACCUGGAGAACAGCGUCAAAGACGAGCUGGUGGUUCUCCGAAGGGAGCGCAUUGAGCAGAGCGCAGUCCCCAAAUAUAUCACCUGGUACCCUCCGCUCACAAAGGAGUAUUUCUUCCUGACUACCAAUGAUCAGUACAAAAUGAAGAUUUAUAACGUGACCACAAAAAUGUGCAGAAAGACUGUUCUGGGACCAACAUACGGCUCUCCCCUGGAGAAGAUUCAAGUCCUUCCACCCAUAGAGGGCUACAAUCCUGAGAAACGAUACCUGGCCUACAUCACAACAGACAAGGUCGGGCUGCAGAUCUUGCCUGUCGAUGGGAACCCGCACAGAUCCUCGGCUUUCAUUUGCCACCCAGCAGGUGUCUCCGACUUCGUCUGUUCCUACGGAGGCCAUCACAUCUUCACAGCGGGGGGCAACGACUUGAGCGUAAUGAAAUGGGACGUUAAUUUAAACGUUCUGGAAGCGGCGGUUUCUCUGGGAGGGAAGGACUUGAUCCCGUUCUACAACCUGCUGGACGGUGGCAGAGAGGGCGAAUUCUUCAGGGAGCUGGAAGACUAUUUUUACUAUGCACAGCUGCGUCAUCAAGGCAUCGACACCAUGGAGCCACGAAAGGUGUCGACACAUAUUCCCUUGGAGCAGAUUCCUUUUGUCAUGCGAGCGAUGGGAUUCUACCCAUCGGAGGAGCAGAUCGAAAACAUGCUCAACGAAGUCAAAUUCGGUGAAUAUCUUGAGACUGGGAAGCAGGUGACGGAGAUCAACUUGGGGGACUUCAUCAAACUCUACAUAAAUCACCGGCCGGCCUUCGGGCUGUCCGUUAGAGAAAUCGAGGCCGCCUUCCAAGUGCUGGGCUACGAGAAUGAGAAGCAAGAGGCCUGCCUGAGCCGGAGCGACCUGCUGCUCUUGCUCCAGCAGAAAGGGGAGCAUUUCACGGAAGAGGAGCUGGCGGAGUGCCUCACCACGCUGCUGGGCAUGAACCCCGAGGGAGGGUCUUCGGAGGGGGGCACCUACGAUCCCGAAGGUGCGGAGGCCUUUAUUGAGGAAGGAAUUCCAGAGGAAAUUCCAGCAACGCAUUUUGUGGCAGAAAUAUUGGGCUUACCUAUUCCCGAACCAGCAUUAACAGGGAUGGAAAAGACGACCGAAACCCAGAGCAGUGACCUGUCAACCAAGUCUUAA